GCAGCCAUGGCCGCGGGGCUCCCCGGCAGCCUCCCGCUCCUCCUCUCGCUGCUCUGCCUGCGCGGCCGCGGGCAGAGCUUCGGGCAGACGCGCUUCAUCUGCACCUCGGUGCCGCUGGACGGGGACAUGUGCGCGGCCACCGCGCCGGGCACCGGCUCGGCCGAAGAGCUGAAGAGCACCGUGCUGCAGCUGCGGGAAACGGUGCUGCAGCAGAAGGAGACUAUCAUGAACCAGAAGGAAACCAUCCGGGAGCUGACGGCCAAGCUGGGCCGGUGCGAGAGCCAGAGCGUGCUGGAGGGGCUGCCCGGCGAGAGCAAGGGCGGCGGGGCCGGCAGGAAGGGGGGCUUCUCCAAAAACACCAUGGGGGACCUGUCGCGGACACCGGCGGCUGAGACCCUCAGCCAGCUCGGGCAGACGCUGCAGUCCCUGAAGACCAGGCUGGAGAACCUCGAGCAGUUCAGCAGGAUGAACUCCUCCAGCCAGACCAACAACCUGAAGGACAUCCUGCAGAACAAAAUCGACGACUUGGAGAAGCAAGUGCUGUCCCGGGUGAACAGCCUGGAGGAGGGCAAGUACAACCCCAAAAACGAGUCCGAGGAGCGCGGCAAGAUCGAGAGCACCCUCACGUCGCUGCACCAGCGCAUCAGCGACCUGGAGAAAGGCCAGAAGGACAACCGGCCCCCGGACAGGUUCCAGCUCACCUUCCCGCUGCGCACCAACUACAUGUAUGCCAAGGUGAAGAAGAGCCUGCCCGAGAUGUAUGCCUUCAGCAUCUGCAUGUGGCUCAAGUCCAACGCCUCCCCUGGCAUGGGCACCCCUUUCUCCUAUGCUGUGCCGGGGCAGGCUAAUGAGCUGGUGCUCAUUGAGUGGGGCAACAAUCCCAUGGAGAUCCUCAUCAAUGACAAGGUGGCCAAACUGCCCUUUGUCAUCAACGACGGGAAGUGGCACCACAUCUGCGUCACUUGGACCACACGGGACGGUGUGUGGGAAGCCUACCAGGACGGCACGCAGACCGGCAACGGCGAGAACCUGGCACCCUACCACCCCAUCAAGCCCCAGGGCGUCCUGGUCCUGGGCCAGGAGCAGGACACGCUGGGCGGCGGGUUCGACGCCACGCAGGCCUUCGUGGGGGAGCUGGCCCACUUCAACGUGUGGGACAGGAAGCUGAGCCCCGGGGAGGUGUAUGGCCUGGCCACCUGCAGCACCAAGGCGCUGGCGGGCAACGUCAUCGCCUGGGCCGAGGCCAACAUCGACAUCUACGGCGGGGCCAGCAAAUGGACUUUCGAGGCCUGUCGCCAGCUCAACUAGGGCCACGGACAAGCGAAAGAAACCUCCUCAUCGGGCUCUUUUUUUUUUUUUUUUUUUUCUCUCCUUUUUUCUUUCUUUUUUUUUUUUUUUCCCCGCGCAAAGCCAACGGAGAACGAAGCCUCCCGGCCGGUCCCGAGGAGCGGGGAUGCCCCGGCAGCGGGGCCGCCCGCCCCCGGAGCCCCACGACCCUCCGGUUUCUGUCUUGCCAACGUCCUUCAACGCCUGCGUGCCUUGGCCUGGCGCGGCUGCGCCCCCUCCCGCCCCCCUCCCCGGGCCCGGCCCCCGCUUCGCCGCCGCCUCCCCCUCCGGGGCAGCCCCGCUUGCCCUGGGCACCGGCGCCUUAAAAGGCUGCGGGGCCCGGACCGGAGUCUCCCCCCCGGGCUCCUCUCCCUCCAGCCUGAAGCCCCGUCCCGGGAGGGUGAUGCCCCCGGAGCCGGGGGAGGGUUGCAGCCCCCCCGGGGGUGCUCCCACGCGGGAGCCGGGGCCGCAGCAGUGCCCAGGGCUCCAAGGAGGGGGCGACCUCCCUGCUCGCACCCCCGGGGUAGGGAACCCUCCCCUUCCCCGACCAGCGCCGCUCUCCAGCACCACAGCCAUAGCCCCGGGCUGCGGCGGGCACCGGGACGGGACCCUCUUCGACGGGAACCCCCGCCGGCCCCGCUCCCCGACCUGCCGCACUCAGGUACGUCCCCCCGGCCCCGCCUGCAGCCCCCGAGGCCUCCUACGCGCCGUAGCUGGUGAAAAAAUAGCCUUUACCGUCCCCUGGAAGUUUAGCUACCACUAAAAAGUCUGAAGCCUUUCUGCUUUUGAUAAUACACUCUUGUUUUUUCUCUUACUGUAAAGGGAAGUUUAUUACCAUAAAAAAAAGGUAUUUUUAUGAAGAUAAAAAAUAUAGAAUUAAGCAGUGCUCCCUGAGAAAAAAGUACUUUGAGAUUCUGCAGGAAAAAGAGAUAAAGAUGCAUAUUUUGAAAUAA